AUGCUCGGCGCGCUGCUCCACUCGCUCGGUCAACUCCCCGCCGCCUUCGCCGACGCCUACCUGACCGCCGGGAGGCCGCCGCUAAUGCUGCUACUGGAGGAAGAAGGGGAAGUGGUCCUCGAGUCGGACGAGGACGACGAGUGGCACUCUUUCGUUCAGAAUGGCCAGAGCACUGCUGAAGACGGAGUCACACCUGCUGUCAAGGAAGAUGGUGAAAUCAAGGAAAUCGACAUCACCCAUGUGGUCAAAGAGGGUUCGGAAAAAGCAGACGCGUCCCACUUUGAACUGCUCAAAGUUUUGGGCCAGGGCUCCUUCGGGAAGGUUUUCCUAGUGCGCAAGGUGACCCCUCCUGAUGAUAAUCAGCUCUAUGCCAUGAAGGUCCUCAAGAAAGCUACACUCAAAGUGAGAGAUCGUGUGAGGACUAAAAUGGAGAGAAAUAUCCUUGCUGAUGUCAAUCAUCCGUUCAUUGUCAAGCUGCAUUAUGCAUUCCAGACUGAAGGCAAACUCUACUUGAUCCUGGACUUCUUGCGAGGAGGCGAUCUCUUCACCCGCCUGUCUAAAGAGGUGAUGUUCACCGAGGAGGAUGUCAAGUUUUACCUCGCGGAGCUGGCACUGGGCCUCGACCACCUCCACAGCUUGGGCAUUAUGUACAGAGACCUGAAGCCUGAAAACAUUCUCCUGGAUGAAGAAGGUCACAUCAAACUCACAGAUUUUGGUCUGUGCAAAGAGGGCAUUGACCACCAUGAGAAGGCCUACUCCUUCUGUGGAACUGUGGAGUACAUGGCACCUGAAGUUGUCAGCAGGGCAGGGCACACCCACAGCGCCGACUGGUGGUCAUUCGGAGUACUGAUGUUUGAAAUGUUGACCGGGUCGCUGCCUUUUCACGGGAAAGACCGCAAAGAAACGAUGAACAUGAUUCUCAAAGCGCGUCUGGGAAUGCCUCAGUUCCUCAGCGCGGAAGCCCAGUCUCUGCUCCGAGCUCUGUUCAAGAGGAAUCCCGGCAACAGACUGGGAUCGGGUCCAGACGGAGCAGAGGAAAUCAAACGUCACGGAUGGUUUUCCAACAUUGAUUGGAAUAAACUGUUUCGCCGAGAAGUAAAACCGCCGUUCAAACCAGCAGUGGCACGUCCAGAUGACACGUUCUACUUUGACUCAGAGUUCACCUCCCGCACCCCUAAAGACUCACCCGGUGUGCCACCGAGUGCCGGAGCUCACCAGCUCUUUCGAGGCUUUAGCUUUAUUGCGUCCAGCUUGUUGGAGGAAGAAGGUGCAGGCGAGCCCGCGCAGCCCCCGCCGCAUCCGGUGGUCCAGCAACUACACGGGAAGAACUUACUGUUCAGCGACGGCUACGUUCUGAAGGAGGAUAUCGGCAUGGGCUCCUUCUCAGUGUGUAAGCGAUGUGUCCACAAGGCCACCAACACGGAAUACGCAGUCAAGAUGAUCGACAAAACCAGCACAGACCCAUCUGAGGAGAUCGAGAUCCUACUUCGAUACGGACAGCACCCUAAUAUUAUAACGCUGAAAGAUGUGUACGACACCGGCAAGCAAGUGUUCCUGGUGACGGAGCUAAUGCGCGGAGGAGAGUUGCUCGAUCGGAUUCUCAAACAGAAGUCCUUCUCGGAGAGGGAAGCCAGCGCCGUGCUGCACACCAUCACCAAAACAGUAGAAUACCUUCACUCGCAAGGGGUGGUGCACAGAGACCUGAAGCCCAGCAACAUCCUGUACGUGGACGAGUCAGGGAACCCAGAGUCCAUUCGGAUCUGCGAUUUUGGCUUUGCUAAGCAGCUGCGCGCCAACAACGGCCUGCUCAUGACCCCGUGCUACACAGCCAACUUUGUGGCCCCUGAGGUGUUGAAGCGUCAGGGCUACGACGAAGGCUGUGACAUUUGGAGUUUGGGAGUCUUGCUGUACACAAUGCUGGCAGGUUUCACUCCUUUCGCCAACGGACCAGAAGACACUCCCAAUGAAAUCCUGAACAGGAUAGGCAACGGUCACUUCAGUUUGUCUGGAGGCAACUGGGACACAGUGUCCGAUGCUGCUAAGGACCUGGUGUCCAAGAUGCUCCACGUGGACCCGCAUCAGAGACUGAUCGCCAAGCAGGUCCUCCGGCACCCGUGGAUUGUUCAGAGAGACAAACUUCCCAACAGCCAGCUCCCACACCAGGACCCCAAACUCGUAAAGGGCGCCAUGGCAGCCACGUACUCGGCCCUGAAGAACUCGCAGCCCACUCCCGAGCUCAAACCCAUCGAGAGCUCCUUCCUAGCCCAGAGGCGCGUCAAAAAGCUUCCGUCCACCUCCCUGUAG